AUGUAUCUUCCUUUACUUUCCGAUCCUUCACGACGCAUCACCGAAAAGAUCCGAAAUCGACUCGUUCAGAGGUCUUCAGCUAAACUGAAAAUCGUGGAGGGAUCCGAGCCCCAUGCCACAACUGUGCCGCUCUUCCAAAUUCCUCUGGAGCUCGUUUAUAAGAUUCUGUGGUAUCUUGGCCCCAAUGACCUGUUAAACCUAUCGCAGACCAACAAGUCAUUUCGUGCCUUCCUUCUGGGCGAAUCAUGCAACGUGUACUAG